AUGGCUGCGUCCCUAUCCCGCGCUCUCAAAUUGCCCGGGAAGAAGGGCUCCGAAUUGGGAGAGUAUGACCCUCUCACUCAGGCAGAUAGUGAGGACGACAGUGAAGAGGACGAUUUGGUUUUAAAUUACCCCCGGAAUGGCCUGGGCAGGGGCAGUUGUCUGGGUCCAGGGCCCACAGAGCAUCGCAGGGGCAGGAGCGGAAGGCUCGUCGACGAAGAAGAACUGGAAGAGGACGAAGAGGAGGAAGAGGACGAGUGGCGAGAUCGUCCUCGUGGAAAAAAGCGGCAGGACAGAGAAGACAUUAAACACUGGAGUCAGAGAGAAGUCGGAAGGGACGGAACGGGAGCGGGGGUGGCCGGGGAGGCGCUGGGGCCCAACGGGGGUGCCGGACUGGGUCUGGGUCCCGGCGCUGAUCCGGAUGGGAAACGAGCGAGAGUGAGAAACGUGAUCCGAACCACGGCGUUCCUCGUGCCCCUGGGAUGUGCCAUGGUGCUAGUGCUGCUUUGUGCGUUUCUCUUGCCCUGCCCCCAGGGGGCGCUCCACAGGAGACCAGAGUGGGAAAGAGAACUGGGAGACGUUGGAGGAGUCAAUUCACCUCCUCUUGCACUGUGGGAUGUGGACAACGAUGCAAUCGAAGAUUUGCUAAUAGGUGUCACUCAGAUGUCCAACGAAAGCCAACUGUCAAGUUCCCUAGGCAACCAUAAAGAGUACAGUGUCGUAGCUCUGUCUGCGCUGAGCGGAGAGGUGUUGUGGAGGAAAGCUUUGGGAAACCCAGUGUUGUAUGUACAAUGUGGCCUCCAGUCUGGAGCCCCCGCAAGACCGGGGACCAGACUCAGGGCUGAGGCCCAGGAUCCCUCACUCCCGCCUGGGCACAGAGGGAGAGGGCCUGUCUGCCUCCUGGUCACCUUAACCCAUCUCACCGCUGUCAAUGCCUCCACAGGCAAGCAGUUGUGGGAGGUUUCGUCAGGGCAGGUGGAGUCUCCUGCCGUACCCCUCCCAGACCUGCAAGGGGACAGCACCCCGGUCCUGCUGAUUGCGACUCUAGCCGACGACAAAGUGUCUGACCUCUCAUUGCGUCUGCUCUCUGGUACGAAUGGCGCUCUGAUUGGACAACCAGUGACCUUUAACCUGACAGAACAGGGCAAGCUGAUUGGUCCAAUGCUGCAUGAGACAACAGUGGGAGCCUAUUACAUCGUUUUUGGGCUGGGCGCCGUGGAGGCAGUCUCUCUCAGAGACAUUUACACCAAGGCAACAAGCAAGACGACCGUGCCUGCCAAACUCAGGCUGAAGGACCCCAGCUGGGAGAGGCUGAAAAAGACAAACUCUUCCACGCUUAUUCACAUCUCCAGUGGUAAAGAGGAGAUUGAGUACAUGCUCCCCCUGGUGGCCGGAAUGUGUAAUAACCACAAUAACCUGGACGCGGUGUCUGCUCUGAACGUCAGUCGCAGUGACUGGGUCGUCAUGACAAGAGACAGCCGAAAACUCUCGGUGCUCAGAGAGAGAGACACACACACACGGUGGACGCUCAAUGCAUCAGCCAUGCACAGUCGACCGUGUGGUGGUUAUUUUAACGAUGACAGUGUUCCUGACCUGGUGAUUCAGCUGUCCAGUGCAGGUGUGAGAAAGGUGCAAAUGAUUGAUGGGGCAAGCGGCCAGUGCCUGUGGGAGGCGGAGUUUCAGUGUCCGCUUCUUGUUUUAGAAGGUUCGGCUGUCAUGACAACGACCGGCCAAUCGGCGUUCCUGUUUUGGGCAGGAGAGCCCCUGUCGGCCACACGGAACGUCACCAAGGCAACUGUAAAUUCUACAUCUUCAGCCGAGCCAGUCUUACGCAGGCUCUUCCUCCUCCACCCCGCCUAUCCCACAAUCCUCCUGCAGCUAACCAGCACCACAGACACCGUGCUCACCUCUGCAGUGAGUUACGACGAACAGGACAAAGAUGCUUCCUACCUUACGGUGAGCUCCAGGCCUACCUCCGGCCUGGGGCCUGAGGCUCGAGUAGUGAGGAGCCUGAGUUUGAGAGCUUCCAUUGCGGGCGCACAGACCGUGAGGCUGGGCGAGGAGAGCAAGCCUGGAGCAGGACCUCUUAGGCCCAGUGCCUUUGAGAUCAACAAAUUCUUCAGACAUCUGUCCUUCAAACGCCAGCAACAAGAGAAGGCGGGAAGAUUUUAG